AUGGGGGCGCUCACCGCAUUCCUGUUCCUCUUCUGGAAGUCACUGGAGCGCUACUUAGCAUCCCCUGUCAUCGUGGCCAUGGACAAGCGACAGCGUGCAGUCUGGGAGAUCCCGUUCCCUGCCGUCACCGUCUGCCCCGAGACAAAGAUGAAUGCUAAGCUCUUCAACUACACGGAUGUCGUCUUACGUGGCUGGUCAGGCAAUAUCACAGACGAAGAAAUGUUCCGUGUGCGGGGCCAAAGACCUGUACAGCGCAGUGUUGCUAAUGCUUUAAUGGCCAAGGAAGGGCAAUGGAAACAUUCAAACCCGGGCCUGUUAGAAGUAUCUCCCCCUCCCCAGUAUUUUUUCCAAAAUGAGAGUUGUAUGUGCACACCUUAUUGUACUGUUCCUGGUGUUCCAGUGUUAGACUACAAGAAAGAUAUUCUCACUGAUCUCUCACUUCAGUGUGACAUCAAACUUCAUUUUGAUGACACAGAUUUUAGAAACUCUUCCACCAUAGACAGAUUAGAAAAGGUGCAACUCCAUGGUGUAGCGGACUUCCCCCGCCCAGAUCAGGAUUCCUUCCUGGUGCCUUUGGACAGCGUUAUGCGCAUCACAGUAACUCCCUCCGAGAUUCUGGCCGAUGCGAGCAUGCGGGAGCGGUACUCCGUAGAGCAGCGCCAGUGCUACUUCCCUGGAGAACGGCCGCUUCGCUUCUUCUUGCAGUACACGCAGUCCAACUGCAGGUUGGAGUGCCUCGCCAACUUCACGCUGAGCCAGUGCGGAUGCGUUCCAUUUUACAUGCCUCGAGAUCAAAAUACUCCGAUAUGUUCAGGCGACAAAAUUAUGUGCAGUGAAGAUGCAGCAUGGACACUGCAGCAGUUGCAGACAGGAUUACUAAACUCCUCCAAACUGACUUGUUCCUGUUUGCAAAGCUGCGUAUACAUCCACUACAGUAGCCAGAGAUCUCGAACUCCCAUGGAUUUAGCCAAAAUGUUGAAAAUUCUGGGAGUCCACCAAUUGUGGUGGACUGCUGGGGCUUUGCCUAGCGAUGUUAUUCAUUAA